AUGGAGUACGUAACACGCGGAGUGUGUGGACAAGAAGGAUGCCGCGAGAGACGGUAUUAUCUUGAUAGUGGGCUAUGGUUCUGCAGGCGGGGUCAUCAGCAAGAGGGUCAACAAGUAGAAGAGGACCCCGAAGAUUUCGGUACGCAGGGGAAAACAAACCGAUUGAAGAAGGCCGUCGUGGAGAAGGGCCAAAGAACAUAUCAGGGUCGACAGGCGUACACGCUGUUCUUACAAGUCUACCAGCUGAUUCUAUGGAAGCAAUGUUAUGCGCUUGUCAACGAUCAUGGCUUUCCUGCUCAGCUCGAGGAUGUUGUCCGUGGUCUCUGGGCUCUCCGUCUUGAAACCUUUUCGCAGAAGAUCAACGGGAUCGGCGAAGGUGAUGAGGAACCGGAGUUGUUCAGUUCCCAACCCACGGGGCUUGACGAGAAUGAUGAGACGUCCAAACCCGCCAGUAGGCAGCUCGAAUGGCCUCGUUUGAUUGAUUCGGUUGCACUUUGCUAUCUUGGCUGCCUACUCCUCAGACUGCCUGUUUUUGUUGGAGAUCUCCAUCGAAUGGUCAUUCGGGGAGAGAUUCCUUUCAUCCGUAUCAUCAAAUCGAUACCACGGGAGAUGAGAGAUAAACUUCCUCAAACAUAUAUUUCUCUUCUCGAGACCAAGAGUAUACCAAAAGCCGAAAAUUUACAUAAAGCUUCGCUCGAACUAGCGAUCCGGUAUAGUCGCGAGUUUGGAGUUACAUUCCCAGCGUUGAAUUCGCCGCUUAUAUUACUGCCAUAUAUUAAAAGACUGGCAUUGCCAGUCGAAAUAUAUCCUGCUGUCAAGAGGCUACAAGAUCUCGUCGGUUACAACUAUAGUUUCCCAAAAAGUAUCAAAGGAAAACGACAGCACGUUCACAUCCCAGAAAUACAACUGAUUGCCCUCCUGGUGAUCUCAACAAAACUGCUAUUCCCUUUUGAUGAUGUGAAGCGGUAUCCUCACUCCUUGAAAGAGCCAGCAUCCCAGGUCAUUGACUGGGAUCUCUGGGCACAGGCUCAGAGACAGUUCGACAAUAUCGAGACAGCAGGAGGUAGGAUCGGCAAGGGGAACGAAAUACGUGUUAGGGAGAAGGAUGUCUUGGGUAUGACAUCUAGCCAGCUCGACGAGUACAUGGACUGGUAUGAGAGCAGCUGGGUUGAUCUUAGCAAAGCGCCCAACCCACUCUCAGACAUGUUCCCUUCUGGUCGAGUCGGUCUUGAAAGCCAGCAAGAUACCCCUUCACCAGACAUCAACGUGGAACAAGCGCUAGCUACGAAGUUGCAAGCAGUAAUGGGCCAGUUGAAAAUGAGAAGAGUGAUCUCAGACGAGAGCGCCUCAUAUCUCGAGAAUGAUGUUUCUCGUCCAGGCUCAUUUUACCAGCGCUAUCGCACUGGAUCUGAUCUUCCAGAGAAGGCACGCCCGUUCUUUGAAACAGCUGCCAAUCUAGCCGGUAUCACGCUACACACGCUGAUCCGAGCUGUCUUCCAGACAGAGCUCAAAAUGGCACAGUGGCAGGAUACCAAGCGGCGCGUUGAAUACCAUGAGGAGCUCUCCGACAUGGAUUUUUCAAUGGAUACAAGUGACGAAGAGAUGGUGAGAGCCGAGAAUGCAUAG